CUGCAAUGGUUGAGGCAAUGAAGUUGCAGAAAAUGAAGCUUGUGGCCAUGAACACACUUCAGGGAAAUGGAAGCCAAAAUGGGACUGAAUCAGAGCCUGAUGAUCUCAUUUCUAACACAGGUGGAAGUGAAUCCUCCUGGGAUAAGGAUAAGAUGCAGUCUCCUCCAGCUCCUGUACCCCAACAUGGAAUUGUUCAUGCAGCCCUGGCUAGCCAGCCAGGCCUUGGGAGUGCCUCUACCCUCAAUCCAUUGCAGCAGAACCACCUACUCACCAAUAGACUGGAUCUGCCAUUUAUGAUGAUGCCUCAUCCCCUACUUCCAGUCAGCUUACCUCCUGCAUCAGUUGCCAUGGCAAUGAAUCAGAUGAACCAUCUCAAUACUAUUGCCAACAUGGCUGCUGCAGCCCAGAUUCACAGUCCACUCUCCAGAGCUGGGGCCUCUGUUAUAAAGGAACGGAUCCAGGAGACUCCCUCUCCUACUCCCUCUCUGGAAGAAAGUCAUCGCUCUGGGAGCCAGACCUCCUCCCAUCCCAGCAGCAGCAGUGUUUCAAGCUCACCCUCUCAAAUGGAACAUCAUUCUGAGAGAAUGGUUAUGAUGCCCAGCAAUAGAGAGGAACUUAUUGUUGAUCAGGAUAAUGGACCAACUAUCAAAAAAUUCCAAAGAGAAAGUAAAGAAGAGGUGCCUGUACAAAUCCCAAUGAUGAAAUCACCUUUGGACAAGAUCCAGCUGACUCCCGGGCAGGCAUUGCCUCCUGGCUUCCCAGGACCAUUCAUUUUUGCUGAUAGUCUGUCCUCUGUGGAGACACUGUUGACCAACAUUCAGGGUCUACUGAAGGUGGCUUUGGAUAAUGCUCGCAUCCAAGAAAAACAGAUUCAACAAGAAAAAAAGGAACUGCGAAUGGAGCUCUAUAGAGAAAGAGAAAUCAGAGAAAAUCUUGAAAGACAGCUUGCUGUUGAGCUGCAGAGCAGAACUACCAUGCAAAAACGCCUGAAGAAAGAGAAAAAAGCCAAGAGAAAACUGCAGGAAGCCUUGGAAUUUGAAUCAAAGCGCCGGGAGCAGGUUGAGCAAGCACUUAAGCAAGCCACUACUGGUGAUAGUGGCCUGAGGAUGUUGAAAGAUUCCAGAAUUGCAGAUAAUGAAAUAGAAAACAAUGGGACUCCUCAUGAUAGUACUGCUAUGCAAGCCUGAACACUGAUGCCGGAACUCCAACUGAUCAUAGGCACGAAUAGGGUGCUGUAGCAGUUACCUGCUUAUCUAGUGUUGUAAUUAUUUAGAAUUCAUACUC